AUGGCGGACGGGAAAGUUGUAAAAGCGAAGACACAGCGCGGUAAGCGCGCUAUUGAAGCGAAGUCUCCUAAAGCCGUAGAAAAUACCAAGAAAGCCCUAUUUAUUCGAGGUGGAAGGACGAGUGAGCUUGUGACUCAAGCUCUUAAAGACUUAUAUGCUUUAAAGAAACCCAAUGCAGUCAUGUUCCAGAGAAAAAAUGUACUUCUUCCAUUCGAGGAUCAAACCUCACUCGAAUUCUUUUCUGUUAAAAAUGAUGCGUCUUUGAUCGCAUAUGGAUCACAUUCCAAGAAACGACCUCAUAAUCUUGUUUUAGGACGAACAUUUGAUGGGCAUGUCUUGGAUUUAAUAGAAUUAGGAAUUGAUAGAUUUAAAACUCUACAAAGCUUUCAGACAAGCAAGUGCACAGUUGGUACAAAGCCUUGUCUUCUCUUUUCAGGAGAGCUCUUUGAAACAGAGUUAGAAUACAAACGAUUGAAGAAUUUAUUGAUAGACUUUUUCAGAGGAACCGUUACAGACAAAAUAAGAUUGCAGGGGUUAGAGCAUGUCAUACAGAUUACGGCAAUAGAUAAACAUGUUUUGUUCAGGAGUUACAGAACCAUUUUAAAGAAAUCUGGAGGUCGAACUCCUAGAGUGGAGCUUGAGGAGAUGGGGCCAGCUUUUGAUUUUACUCUGAGACGAACAAGGUUGGCUUCAGAAGACUUAAUGAAGGAAGCUACUAAAGUUCCAAAAGUUGCUAAGCCAACUAAAGUCAAGAAUGUGGAUUACGAUGCAUUUGGUACUAAGACAGGACGUGUUCAUAUGACAAGACAAGACUAUGGCAAGUUACAAACAAGAAAACUAAAGGGACUUAAAAGAGGCCAACAAGAUGAGAAUACAGAGGAAGAUACCAUGAAUAAUAAUAAAAGGACAAAGACAUGAACAAUAAACCAUGAAUUGAUAUCUAUGUGUGCCUUUUGAUACACUGAAUUUGUACAUCAUUUCCAUUGAGAAUCAAGAGACACACAAGGACACAAAGGAUAAUGCUAUGAAUUUAUAGAAUCAUGUGUUAUGAUUUUCAGCAACAAGAGACAAUUAUAUUUUUGUCCUUUAAUAUAAUAAAUUAUUGCUGAC